AUGGAAGACGAGGAUUUCAGUUGCCCAUUCCAUUUCUUCGUCACGGGCCGCUUUAUCGCUAUCCACUACAAUGGCGGCGACUUUGAGCUACACCGCGACCGUCACAGUCGCGGAACUUUAUUCUAUCUGUCUGAUGACGGAGAACAGAUAAUCUGUAAUCGCACUUAUGUCGGCAGGCUCACUAGUCUCCCGGACUAUCCAGACAAAGUGUUCUACAUACAUCGUGAACAACAGUACCUUUCCUCACAGGGGAUAUGGACAGACAGCAUCGACAAUGCACUCAUAGUGCAGAUUGACCCGGAGCCAAACUGGAGCGGUACCCCUCCAACCAUCUCACCGCUCGCGAACCCGGUCAUUAGCGCCGACCACCCUAUCUCCGGCGAUGGAAUUGAACUCUACCAUCCGGACCAACAUUUCCAGAUAUAUCCCGUCGGACAGCAAUGGAUAGGCAAUGCUGAACACUCGCCCGAGGACAUGCUCUUCUUCGGUGGCCAUCCCUAUAGCUACGGAUUGACCUUCAAGAUCUCCGUGUAUGAAGGGAAGACACGGAUCGUCUCCGACGACGGCAUGUUUCUAACCGUUAUGAUGCCUACCCAGGAAACUGAGCAUCUGCCAGAAGAAUGUCGACAGCAUACUGCGCCCACUCGGUGCUCGCACUGCGAUAGGCGCUACAAGAUUGGCUUUGUCUCUAAGCCGUGCGACUACCUCACUCUCGUCCCACGCGGACUGCCUAGUAUGUUUGUUUUCUAUGAUAGUGUGUUCUAUUAUCAGUUUCAAGCUCUUACGGCUAGCUAUGCCAUGCUAAACCGGGUGGAGCGCAUUGAGGAUGCGUCGCUCUUCCAGUUUAUUAGUUCUAUAUCUUGA